AUGCUCAAAAGCAAUCACUUGCUGCCGCUCCUCGCGGCCGCAUCCGCCGUCCUGGGUCAGGACCCCCAUCCGAAUGCCGUUGCCGGUACCUUCAUCUUUGAGCUGGAAAAUGGCCAGAUUCAUUUCUACGCUGCGGUUGUGGCUGAUGCCGUCACCCGCAUGACCCUUGACUACGAUUUUUCAAUCUGGACCGGGCAGCCGGGCCACGACUACGGUGACCUGAAGAAGCGCCAGCUGGUCAAGGAAUUUUCCUCAUCUCUCGUCCAGACCCAGGUCGACAAGCUCCAUCGCAAUGGCAUCACCGGUAAGGGCAUUAAGGUCGCUGUCAUUGAUACCGGUAUUGAUUACCUCCUCCCCGCCCUCGAUGGCUGCUUCGGCCGCGGAUGUCUCAUCAGCUACGGGGCUGACUUGGUCGGUGACGAAUUCAACGGCGGAAACACACUCAAACCCAGCUCUGACACCAUGAAUUGCUCCAGCCAUGGCACCCAUGUCGCUGGCAUCAUUGCAGCCCAGUCGAACCCUCUAGGGUUCACUGGUACUGCGCCUGUUGUCACCCUUGGUGCUUGCAAGUUGAAUGGAACCCUCUGCAUGCGCGUCGGCUUGAGUCAGUACAUGUUGCCGGCCAUUUUUGGCUUGUCGUCACACUCAGCCUUGUGGAAGCCAGAGCGCACUCGGCAACCUGAUGUGAGAAGUUGGGUUUUCCGCCGAGGAUCCGCUGCUCCCAAGGUCGUCCCUGGCGAGAUCGGUCAGAUCUGGCAGCGUGUUUUCCGUCUUGCCAUCUUUCGCUCACAUGCAGUUUGA